GAAGGAAUGCAUGUUCCCUCCAUUCAUCUAUCCAUGUGAUGGAUGCACAGAGGGAGGUUGCAUGAAGUUUUGGUCCCGCCCACCUGCACUUGCUUGCUGUUGCUAAUAGAGGCUGUAUUGUCCCGGGAGACUCCAAACUAUCUUUGCCUGUCAUCGCUGUCGCCAUGGGAAGGAGGCUGCUGUGCGUCUACUUGCUUGUCUUCGUCACUUUCAACAAGGCUCCAGGCUUAAAGAUUCGGAACAGGCUGCUAGGUAAAUGCCUACAGGUGCAAGAAGGAGUUUUGGGAGGUCGAGUGUCCUUGGGGGAAUGCAGCCCAUAUUCGCCCUUACAGGAAUGGCAUUGGCUCCCAGAGAGUCAGGCUCUCAGCAGUCACCACACGGGGGAGUGUCUGACUGCGCCGGGAGAGCAGUAUGAAGGUGUUCACCUGCAGCCCUGCGCCUUCACGAUUGAAAGAGAUGAGACUGGUGAUGGAGUGGCAGCAGUGGAUAUGGGUAAAGAAACAAGCAGCCAAGCAUGGUCCUGUUCCAAGAAAGGCCACCUCACUUUAAUGGGGAGGGGACUGCACCUUAGUGCCACACUAGAAUCCACCUUGGUCUUCCUUUCGCGGGAACAUAAGCAGCAGGGCAGCAGGUGGCGGACACUUGACAACCAGACACUGUGCAAUGGGAGAGAUAGCAAACAUAACCAAGACCAAUCUCCCCACUAUCUGGGAAAAUCAUUGGAACCUGGGAUUUUUCCAAGUGCCAUCUCUGAUAUAAACAGACAGGCUGAACCAUUUGAAGGUAUAAUGGACAUCAGGGUCACAGAAACAUAUCCUGUAAUAGAUGGGAAUCUUUCGUCCCUUAGCACCAAAUCCCCUGCAGAUCCCACCAUGGUUUUCUUCAGUAUGGACUAUGGGAUGGGUUGGAAGAUAACCAUGCUGGUGCUAAGCUCCUUGGCUCUGGUCCUUGGUACUGUCAUUCUUAUUCUGAAUGUUUACUCCAACAGAAGGAAGAAGGUGGUGUGUGUUCUGAAGUCAUACACUAUGAGGCCAGAGGUGAGCGUUCCUGGGUCCCCGGUGCCCAGUGAAAGGGCCCCGCUGACAGAGCAUGCCAUGCGGCUCCCACACUCUUCCCCCACUUUACAUCGAGGAGAAAUCCUGAUUGAGUGGAAGGACGGCACUGUUACUCCGCUCUAUGAGGCCUGAAGGUUGUGCUGUUUGUGUAGGUUUGUGUAUGUGUGCAAGCAGGCUCAGCUUCUUAUGCAAGGCUAUGCAUGUUAUCCUCUGAAUGUGACUGAUGGGGAGGUCUGUUGUGAAGAGAAAAAAACUGAAAAACAAAAGGCAAAAUAAGGUUUUUGUAGUUUCAGAAUGUUGGCAUCAAAAGAUAACUAAACUGUUGAUGGUGUAGUAUUUCAUAAAAUGUGAGUUGUGAGGCUUAGGUGCCCCGCCAGAAUAUAAAAAAUGAGUAUGAGUUGGACUGUAAGUUUUCAAAGAUAUUGAGUCUGAGUCUGGUGUUGGAGAUUUGAGGAAUUCCUUGUUGGACGAAAGGACUGUAAAAUAAAUGUUUGAGCAUUCAGUCAUUCUUGAUAGACCUACUAUGAGUACCAUUUAAGGGCUCAGCAAAGCAACCAAUAGCUUAGGUCCUUAGUUGGAUAAAUACUUAAGAAACUAAUCUUUGUUUGCCAAGGCCUAAACUAUAUGAAGAUCUGAACAUUUAGUCCCAGUUUAGUGUUGGACACAGUUGUGCUGUGUGUGUCAGCUCAGCCCUUUACAUUUUUGCUUAAUAAUGAAGAAUUUAAAAGGUGUAGAGGCAGUCUUUGACAUGGUGCUGAUCUUUCAUUUAACAUGACUCUUAAUGACACACCUUGGCUCCUGAAACUCACACCCUUAAUGUUAGGAUUAAUAGGCUUUAUUUUAGGAAAGUAUAAUUAUAGUCGUUUUGCAACUUUACUGUGUUGUGUUGCAAGAAACGCUAUUAAAUGAAAGUUGUUUUCAUAAUUUAAUCCAGUAUUAUUUAGCUUAUACUGAGUAUCCUAGCUGUGUAAGAAAAUCUUAAUCUAGUGUGCAUAGUAGUGUUGUUGUAUGUUGUAUGUUAGUAGUCUGACCCAUUGUAAUUCAGUACUAUUCAUUUUGUAAUGGACUUUGUUUUGAUACUGACCACACAUAAACUUUCAUUAGCUGAAAUUGUUAAUUGAGGUUGCUAGUGAUGUACAGUGGACUGGAGCGUAACAGUUCAUUGUUGACCUUUUGACAGUUGACAAACCAGUCUCCACUCAAGGGCCACUUUCUUGCUUUUUUUGUGGAGCUUUUAACUAUGUCACACCGUCUUCAUCAGCAGAUGACGUUUGUUCAGCUGUAAUUGCACUGUCAAUGUAUAAACUGAGAACUUCUCAUCCUAAGUUGACAGUGAAGAUCAUAUGAUAUGGUUGAAAGCUCCAGAAACAGGUUCAGUGGAGACUAUUUUGUCUAUUUUUGUAUGUGGCAACCUGGUAGACCAGCAAUUUGUGAUUUUUUUUUUAUUAUUAUUAUUUUUUUUAUUUUAUUUUUUUUUAACAAAAAAUGUUUUUUAAGCUGUGAACUACCUAAUAAAAUAGCAUACAUA